UCCAGUCUAGUAAGUGGCGGUAAUGCAACAUUUAUUGGAUGCCGACCGCCGUUAAACCUUAUCGAAGAAGAACUAAGUUCAACGACAACUUGACACGGAAGUGAUACAACGGUCUAAAUUAGCAUUUUGUGUACACACUAGUUCUUACCAAAGCUAUUGUAACUAAAUAUUUUAGUAAGAGCAUGGUGUGCAAUUGCACCUUAUCGAUCAAUGUAUGAUAAACAGACGCAAUAUAUUGCACGAGACAGGGCAGGGAGAGCUCGGUUAGCAAAUAAGCUACAGUAACGUAAUCUAGUUAGCCAGCCAGAUAAACAACUCUGCGUCUUCAGAUCAAUGCAUAUUUUGGGGAUGGAGUUGGUCUAACGUCUAGAAAACAAGGGACGUGUCGAAAAUGGGUGCAUUUUACUGUGCGAUAUGUAGGCAAACAUCUUUCUCCGGAAAAGCACACAUCUUCGGGAAAAGUCACCAGAGCAAACUCAAAGUGGUCCUUGUUAAAUUCCUUGAGAAGGUGAAAGAGGCGCGUCGAACGAUAAAAAAUCCCCAGGUGGAGAGGUUCGAUUGCACUCAGCACAAACGCAAAUGUUGGUGUUACUGCUGCGGCCUCGAGGUGGAGAGAGACGUCACUGAUGGCGACAUCACUGUGUUGUUCGGGGGCUUGUUGGAACACAUGGCCAGGGGUCAAUUAUCAUUUCAGGCCUGACCACAGGAAGGGCACCCACACGUUCUGGUGGGAGAACAAAGCUGAUCCCAAACUGAGGGACAAGUUUAUAAUCACAGAAAAUGAAAUGGAGAGAUUUAAAACGGAGGUGGCAAAAGCUUUAGGCUCAUUUGAGGAUAAGGAGGAUGGGCUUAUCAAGCAGCAAGCCACUCAUAUCCGAGCUCAGGAACAGCAUCGCCAGGAGGUCCUUCAGUCUCUCAUAGAGCCUAAGGCAGAGCUGGAGCUAUUGAACACAGAGGGCCCUUGCAACUCAGUGGACGAGGCUUCCAGUAGCUCUAACCUCAGGGCCCCUGGAUCCGAUGAGCAGGCCAGGUCUGGUCGGGUCGACCAAAUGGUGGCCAGGCAGUGGGCAGGCCCUGGACAGGGCCUGACCUUCAUUGGCUACCAGGAUUCUUCCAACAGUGGAAAUGUUCACACAGGAGCCAUCCCUCCAUGGUUACAGGAGGACCCCAAUGAGGGCAGGUCUGGGACAAUGGAGCAGGCGAUCGGUCCAUCACUCCAGGACUUCCUCAAACAGAAGGAGCAGGAGAAGCUGAAGAAACUCCCCCCUAACCGGGUGGGGGCCAACUUUGACCAUAGCUCCCAGACAGAUGCCAACUGGCUGCCCUCUUUCGGCCGGGUGUGGAACAGCGGACGCCGCUGGCAAUCCAGGCACCAGUUCAGAGAGGAAGAGGGACAGACCAACAGACAAAAGAGAAAGAGGGAUCAGGGUGCUGAGGGAACAAAGAAACCAAACCGCCUGAACAGUGACUAUAGUAUGCAUUGAACAAAGCAGUUAAAAAAACAUGACAUUUGUUUGGAAACCAUGAAAAGCCUUUAUUUCAGGAUAUAAUGAACUAGGCUCAAUUGUAAAUUACCUUUAAAUGUCAAGCUCACUAUGCCCGUUUCAAAUUUGAUUCCCGGCCAAUGUUUUUGGCACUUGUUUUAAAAUAAAAUAAUGAACUGGACUACAGCCACACCCCUGUGUCUCACAUAUGUGGGGAGCGGCAUUAGCCGUUAGUUGGGGCUGGGUCUUUGAAAUACUGUCCUAGUGUCCUCUGGGUUCAAUGUAAAGCAUGCUUCCAGACUGGAACCCUGGGGCCUUAGCAUGGACCCCGGUCCACUUGUUGGUCUUUGCACUUUAUUUCAUUAGAUGGCGUUUCGCCAUCUUCAAUCUUUGGGUUCAGGGUUUAUUAACCUGUCUGAACAUUAAUGAAAUAAAGUGCAAAGACAGCACUGACCCUGGGCCACUUGUCCAAGGCCCCAGGGUUCCAGUCUGGAAGCACGCUUUCCACUGAACCCAGGACACUUUCGGUAUUGCAUUUUAGCUGAAGUCAAGUCCAAAAAGAUGGCCGCGUAGAAGUCAAAUGUGAAAAUUGCAAAUAAAACUUUAGUCAUCAUUGUACAAAAAACAUCCAUUAAAUUAUUCAAGUCAUUUUUUUUUGUCACUCACACAGGCAAAGAUACAUUUUAUAUUCAUCCACUGUCUAUAAUGUUUCUGGAUGAUGUGAUGCCGUCAGUGCGCAGGUGUAAUCGGCUCUCUAUAAAACCCGAUCUAGACAAUCACGAAACGGCAUGUGUGAACGUGAGUAGAAUACAUUGAAAACAAUGGACGCUGUCUCUAGUUCAAACAUUCACCUCAGUUGUCAGUGCCACCGCCCCCCUAAACCAGGGAUCAUCAACUAGAUUUUAUGUUGAGCAAUGGUCAGGGGGCCGGAACAUAAUUACACAUUUGUAAACUGCAAAAAGCCCAAACAAAUAUUUCACUAAAAUAAUUUCAAACCUUGCUUUUACAUGUGUAUAUGAUCACACAUCUCUACACUUUGGAACAGGUUUCCAACAUUAAAAUCACUUGGAGAUGUGUUUUCAGUCUUAUGUCCAACAAUAAAUAAUAUUUAGUUUUGCUCAAACUUGGGAGGGCCAAAUAAAAUCACCAGUUGGGGAACCCUGCACUAAACAUUCUCCUCUCUGAGGUCUGGUGAGUGUUUUCUGGGUAGCAGUGUUUGCACCCGCAGUCCUUUAUAUCCCCUGCACUCUGGGCAGAUGCGGACGUGAGUGCAGCCCCGUGGACCCAAAAUGGCUUCCUGUGCCAGUCUAUGAGACUGUGACUCCAUAGGACCGCUGCUACUGUUGUCCAUGCCGUUACUGAGGGUGCAAGUGGCUGUCUUGGUCCCGCCAUGCUCCUCUGGGAGUGAAGUGUGUGUUUGUAGUAAUAUCCCUGGGCCUCGUAAACCAUGCAGUGCCAUACUGUCCUCGCACAGCAGGAUCCCAUGGAGAGCCCUCAGCAUCUCUGUACACAUGGACAACUAGAACAGAAAGGGCAGAACCAUAAGUCCAACUUUUGCAACGAGAUGGAUUGCUGGUUAUCAGUGCUUUGGUUUAAAGCUUUUUUUCCCCUCCCCUUUACAUUCUUCGUGAGGUCUAGGUGGAAAUUGGUUUAACUUCAGAUGUAAAGUUGCAUUGUCAAAGUGUGAAACCUUACAUACUGAAGAACAAAAGCAUAAAUGUAUGCAAAUUGUAAAUUAUUUUUGUCUGUCUUUCAAUAUGUGACGGGCAGCUUUUACCAUGAAUGCGAACGCCAGGGAAAAUGCCUUAAAGAUGUGUUUUUGGCUGUAUAGUGCGCUGCUCUAUAAUGCUCCUAGGGUUGAAUCACGGCAUGAGUGAAGAUUGACUUAAGUGGGAGUUAGGAUUUGACCCUAAGAGGGCAGCUGGCUACUAAGCUGGGAGAGCAGCUACAGAUGACACCUCACCUCUGACCUCGGAGAGUGUUGCUGCACCCAGAAAAACUCCAGCCCCGCCAUGAACACAGCCAGCAGUAGACCAGACAACAGGACAAUAAAGACCCCACCUAUAUUCUCCAUGCCCAGCCCUACCACAGAGAGAAGAGCUCUUAGUGGUUUAAUGGUGAUAAAUUAGGCCGUGAUUCAAUCCAAUCGCAGGCUAAAGGCAUUGCGGCUUUUAAAGGCUAUUUCAAAUUGAGCCAGCAUAUGCAGCGUUUACCGUGAAUGUAAGCUCCGCAAACACAGGAACAUGGCCUUUAAAAGCUGCAAUGCCUAUGACUGGCGAUCAGAUUGAAUCCCAGCCUUACUCUUUUGACAUUGAUGUGCAUCACCAUCGCUGUAUAUAGUUGUUGAAUGCUUGGAGAUUUUCCCCACAGUGUUGUCUUCUGUUGUGUACUAUGUUAAAUAAAUAUACUUGACUUUAAGUCAGCAGAUUGUGGUUCCAA